AUGCACACGAAGAGCGCAACGGCCGUUGCUGCUUUUGUGCACAGGCAUCGAGGGGACCUGGAACCUCACAUGAAGGCCGGCUGGCCAGACACGCUUGAUGCGAGCGCAGCUAGCCCCAGCAAGAAUGGCUCGCGCGCAGUUCCUUACCUGACAACGGUGUCCAUCUCAGUCCUCGACGACACGGAGACGCUGAAGCAUGUUGCGUCCAACGAAUCGUAUUUCCUCAACGUCACGAGCCCCACCACCCACAUCACAGCCCAAACCAUCUGGGGCGCAAUGUAUGCGCUAGAAACUCUAUCCCAGGUCAUCAUGUUCAACGACGUGACGAGUGCCCACACCAUCUCGCACGCCCCGCUGGAGAUUUGGGACGAGCCAAGCUACCCGAUGCGAGGCAUCAUGGUGGACUCGGCCAACCACUUUAUCGGGGUGCCGGCGAUCAAACGGCUGUUGGAUGGCAUGGUUGCUGUCAAGAUGAACACGCUCCACUGGCACCUCGUCGACUCGUACUCAUUCCCCAUGCAGGUGCCGAGCCGCCCCAUGCUCAGCCGCCGCGGUGCGUGGAGCAACACCACGGUGUACACGCGCGCAGACAUGCGAGCGGUGCAGGAAUACGCGCAACAGCGCGGCAUUCGCGUCAUUCCAGAGAUUGACGUCCCCGGACACGCGUACAGCUGGGGCCUGGCCUAUCCUGACAUCACGGUUGAGUGUCCGAAGAUUCACACAACGGACAUUGGGCCCAUCAACGUCGUUCCUCUGGAUCCGACGAAGGAGUUGACGUACCAGGUGCUGGAGGAUGUCUUGGCAGAGACGACGUCCCUGUUUCCUGACGCAAUGCUGCACGUUGGUGGCGAUGAAGUCCAGUACGAAUGCUGGCGCGCCAACCAGGAUAUUCAAGAUUGGAUGAAGAAGAACAACAUUUCUUCGGAGCAGCAGCUCGAGGUGUACUUUGAGCAACGCCUGUUUGCGAUGCUGCGCACACACAAUCGCCGCGCUGUUGUGUGGGAUGAGGCCUUCACCGACAUGCACGACCACCUCGACACAUCUGUCGUCGUGGAGGUGUGGGACGACCCGACUUUGCUGGAGCGCGCACUCCGCGCCGGACACGACGUCCUCUUCGCCAGCGGAUGGUACCUCGACCGGCAGGUGCCAUACGGCAACAUGACGCACUGGUUCUGGCUGGACACGUGGGCAGACAUGUACGCGGUUGCAUUUCCACGGGCACCAGCGGGCGGCGGCCGUAUUCUCGGGGGCGAAGCGCCAAUGUGGAGCGAGCAGGUGUCUGAUCUCAGCAUUGAUGCGCGGGUGUGGCCGCGUGCUCUCGCCGCAGCCGAACGACUAUGGAAUCAAAACGCAACAGAUCAUUUCGACGCGGCACAGCGCAUCGGCGUGCAUCGGUGUCGCAUGGCUGCACGCGGCAUCCCUGUCGGUCCCAUCUGGGCAGACUACUGCAGCCACGACGCGCAGGAUGUGAACAUCCACCAGCUUUCCUCGUCUCAUCAUCACAGUGUCAACAUGACCGUUGGCGAAAUGUCAGCGUUGCUGGUGUUCAUAUUCCUGCUGGGCGUCGCGGUUGUAUGGGUUUUUGCCGCCUGCUUCGGCGUUGGCUUUCGCGUGCGCGGACGCGACGACACACUCAAUGCGCAAUCAGUGGCUGCAGGCACCGCAGGUUCAGUGCAGCACGCGAAGACAAAUGAGGACGAGGUGCCACUUCUUGCUGUUGGAGACACGCGUCCUGCUUCAUCGUCGUUCUCGCGCGCCAGUCGCAUGGCAGCAACACCGCCACCGCCACCAACAUCGUCAUCAUCAGCGGCAGUGGCGGCUGCCCGCUCUCGGUCAAACACGGCAGCAUCGGCCUCAGCCCGGGGAACCCUUGACGCCCAACCAGCACAGCGGUCGCUGCCAAAGGAGCGGUUGUCGAGUCUGGAUGUCUUUCGCGGAUUCACUGUUGCCCUCAUGGUCUUUGUGGAUGAGACGGGUGCCGCGUUCCCUCCAAUCGACCACUCGCCGUGGAAUGGCGUUCGUCUGGCGGAUUUCGUCAUGCCGUUCUUCGACUUUAUUGUCGGCGUCUCCCUCGCCCUCUCCUUUAAGAAGUUUGACCUCGAAGACGCGACGACGACGCCGCGCGUAUGGCCUGCGCUGCGCAAAGCGACAAUCCGCUUCCUGAAGCUGUUUAUCCUCGGCAUGCUGACACAAGGCGGUAUUGACAUUAUGAACUACGACCUGGCGCACAUUCGCAUCAUGGGCAUCUUGCAGCGUGUUGCUGUCUGCUACUACGCUGUGGCCCUCAUGGAGAUUUUCCUGCCAAGGAACAAGAAAUACCGCAAUUACAACGAGACUGACACCGUCACAGGGUGGGCCGUGGAUGUGCUACACAUGCUGUGGCGGUACAAGUGGCACUGGUUCACGGCUGCGUGCUUGUUUGCGACGCACACGGGCAUCAUGUAUGGCGUGAAUGUCCCUGAUGCGUUUGGAGAAGAGUGUGGGCGUGGCGUGCUCACCCCCGCCUGCAACGCCGCCACCUACAUUGAUCGCAACGUGCUCACUGUUGAGCACAUGUACUUUCCCGCCAACGGAGGCGACAAGAGCGGCAACGACGUGACCUUCCAGCGUCUUCCCGAGUGUAGCACGUGCUCGCCCGGCAAGUGCGUACCGCCCGAGGAUGCUCCGGCGUGGUGUCUGCACGGCCCCUUUGACCCGGAGGGCCUCGUUUCCUCCCUCAACGCCAUCAUCGCAACCGUCAUCGGCAUUCACUACGGUCACGUUCUGCGCCGAGUGCAGUCACCAAAGGCGCGAAUUGUGCACUGGACGGCGUUUGGUGUUGUGCAGUUGGUCAUCGGCUUUGCCCUCCACUUUUCUGGCGCAUUCGUCAUGAACACAGACCUGUACUCCAUCUCGUACACGCUCGUGACAGCUGGCACAGGCGGGGUGCUGCUUGCGUUGUUUUAUGUCAUCGUUGAUCGCCUGCACGUGGGCGAGUGGGCGUGGAGCGGGUGCAGAUACAUGGGCAUGAACGCCAUUGUGAUGUACCUUUGCGCUGAGGGCGACAUCAUCCCCUACGUCCUGGCCGCAUUCUACUGGAACAAGCCGGAGAACAACCUGGCGAAUAUUCUGUGGCCGACGGGUGUGUUCUGGGGCGACGGUGAUGAGCGGCCAUUCAAGCCGACAUACAACUACCAGGUCAUGCUGUGGACGCUGGCGUACAUUGGCGUGUGGAUGCUGCUGGCCCGUUACCUCUUCUUGAAACGAAUCUUCAUCACCAUUUGA